AUGUCUAGCGUUCUUUCCGCUGCCCAGCCGCAACUUGGUUCAGCAUAUUCCUCAGCCUACAACAGUGUUGAAGGUGGUUCGUUAGGAGCCAGGAUACACUGCAAGGCCGAAAUCAGCUCUCGAAACACCGCGGAGCGGUCUAUGCCCUACAAUUUUGGAUUAUCUACGCCACCAGAGGAUAUGACAGGUAUUGCUGUAAAGCAAUCUGUCUCAUCAUCCAGCUAUGGACCAAAAGCAUAUGGCAUACAUUCGUCGUACUCAAAUUCAGCCGCUGAGAGAUCUAAUAUUCAUCUGGUGACGGAAGGAAUGGCCAAAAACUCUGCUUCUGUACGAGAACAGCAACCUCCGUCCCUCACUAGCCAGCUACCAGAGACCCAUACGAAGGAGAGUUCCCGGAAUUCGAUAGCUACGUAUCUGCAAAUCCCAGCGUCCAUAAAUCCCAGCAAGGGAAGUCUAGCGGAAUUUGCUGCUCAGAUAACAUGUCUCUUCUGGUUCGAAAAAGCUUCGAAGCUGAAUGUUGUCUUGAAUUCCUCGUCCUUAAAUUACUCUAUACCGCCGCUCAUGCCUGAAUCGACACCAACAAUAGGUUUUCGGAAAUGGGUGACUACAAUCCUCUCUACCACUCAAGUCAGCCAGAAUGUCAUACUCCUGGCUCUCCUGUUCAUCUACCGGUUGAAGAAAUUUAACCCGACCGUGCGCGGAAAGCGAGGAAGCGAAUUUAGAUUGCUGACAAUAGCAUUAAUGAUGGGGAAUAAAUUUCUGGAUGACAAUACUUACACGAAUAAGACGUGGGCCGAAGUAUCAGGUAUCUCGGCCCAGGAAAUUCAUAUUAUGGAGGUUGAGUUCCUGAGUAAUGUACGAUAUAAUCUAUUCGUCACCAAAAAUGAGUGGGAUCAAUGGCAUACGAAGCUUGGGAUGUUCGCAGACUAUUUCGCCCAAGCAUCUCGACUUCCCCCUGACAACGAUGUACAACCUACCACUCCGACUACGCAGCUUUCUCCCGAUCUGACUCCAAUAAGUCCAACAACAUCUCUACCUCCAGUUCGGCCCCCGAAAUUACCAUCUCCUGUGCUAGCACCAUAUGUACCUCUACAACAGUACCUCCAGAAACUCCCACCUGCUUCUGUAGCUAUCCUUGGACACCCAAAUUUAUCACCGCGCCAAUUAUCCUGGACAGGAAACUCAAAUUUGGACCUCCGUCGGAAGCGAAGCUGGGAAGAACAAGAGCAUCCCGCAAAGAGAGUGUCCAGGCCAGCCAUGUCUGGUCCUGCGUCUCUUCCGCCUCUUCCAUCCAUGACAACUACCACUGCAGGCCAUUUCCCGCCUAUUACAAUGCCAUCUGUCCAGCAAUUAGGUAUGCCUGUAGCGUCCUCGAUUCCACAACUUCCAAGACUCGAUUUUGCACUUGGCCAAAAUUCCGCGGGGCCUACGUAUGUCCCCCAAAUGCAAACGCAAACGCAACUUCAAGCUCACUUACCACCCUCCACUCAUUCCAUGGCCCCAAUAUACCCUUCUGUUAGUUCCUGGAGCCAUCAAACCCCCCCAGCAACGACAUUAGCGCCUCUUCCACGCUCCCUUCCCAACCCUUCCGUCAGUCACCCCGACCAGGCAAGACGCCAAAGCCCAUAUGUUUCCACCACUUCCACAACUAUAUCUCCGGCCCUAUCCGCGUACUCCGCACAUACUCCGACCCGGCUUUCCCCAUCGUUUGUCAUAGAUAGAAAUUCUCCUUACCGACCUGUGCGACAAGUCAACACACUCCUGUAUCCUCCACCAUCUGCUUCUAUGAACCAUGUGAGGCUUCUUCCGCUAGACCAAAUGCAUUACCAGCCAUUGGGAAAGGCCGUGACUGAACGCAAAACUGGCUUGCUUCCUUACUCCAACCAGGAAUCCUGGGGUGAACCCCAGCUACCGCAGCUUCCACAGCUUCAACCCAAUUUUCCAGGGCCGCAACGGCAACAGCAGCCGCAGCAGAAACCUCAGCAGCAACAACCAAAUCAACUACAACAGCCACUCUAUCGGAAUCAGCCCUUUCGGUAA